AUGGAUUGGAUGUGGUCGUGGAAGGACUACGUCUUCUACGGGAUGUGCUCCUGUUCUGGCACUUCUGGAGUGGACACCGAGCCGGUGCCCAAGAACAAGUAGGUUUACUUUACUUUAACUAUCAGAUUAUCCAAAUAUGGAUGAGCCAUUCAAAGCGCCCAACUUCUGAAAAUUUUGGCUCAGUCUUAUUCGGACAAUUUAAUAUUUUAUGAAACGAGUUAUAAACAAAACUUUUACUCAGAGUUAUAAAUUAAAGUAUUAAGUAAACAAUACUUACAUAUAUUAUGUUUUAUAAUACUAACAUACGACAACGACUAUACAUUUGAUGGUAGACAUCUAAAAGUCUUAUCUGCUUCUGAAUCCUGACAUAUCCGCCCUCAAAUGUAAAGUUUUUUCCGGUCAAAUUUUAUUUCUACACUCGGCGGGGCCAUUCUGUCUUCCUAAUCUCUUGAAUUUUUAUAAAGUUGUCUGCACAAACGGUCACUUUAUUUGUCUUGCCUUAGGGCAUUCUACAAAAAAUUAUUUUUAAUACUUUUAUCAAGGGUUUUUUAAGAUUACUGGCUGUUACAUCUUGUUUUACAAAUCUUUCUUUAUUAAAUUUUAUGUCUUUCUAUAAUAAUAUGAUCGUUCUGUUUGCACUUUUAGGUUUGGUAAACUAUAUAAAAAUAAAUAUUCUUAAUAUUAAGCUGAUUAUUUCUAAUAUUUUAAUUUUUAGUUUUAUUGUCUAAGCUUUCUUGAUCUUAUUUAAGCAUAAGCUUAUGUUCUAGACCUCCUAAUUGCCUUCGGCAUUUGUUAAUCCAAUAUCCUCAAUCAGUGCGCGCUUUAUGAAAGUGGAAAGAGUGAAAUUUGUUGUUUAUCGCCGGAGGCAACAAUUGUUUUAAUUUUAACUAUUAAUCCCUUCCACAGCCCACUUAUCAAUCGAACGCUCUUAAUUCCGUUUGGCCCUUAAACUCACCCUCCCCCUCCCCCCAUGAAUGAGCCAGGCUGCCGGGAAGAGCGGGCGGGUCGGGUCAAAAGCCUUCAUCAGGCGAAUUGAUUGGAACCACGCUCUCGAACACAACACCGAUCGGCCGCUGUGGUGCGCGAAACGCUCUUUUUGUGGUGAUUCUUCCACCGUGGAAGAAGUGGAAAUGCCCACGAGUCCAGUCCAGCGUCAGAUCUCGGCCAAGAAACUUCUGAAGACGGAGGAGGAAGUUGACGACGAUGGUAUCCGGGUCAUCAUGCGCCGACCCUCGCGCUACACCAAACGCAGUGCCAAGGAGGUGAUUGUGGAUGGCAUGCGACGGUUGUCUAGGUAAACAUGGAUGAGUAAUGUCUGUAUUGUCAUGUCUUUUUAGACUUUUUCUAGUUCUACGGAGACAAGGGGUUUAAAUUCCUUGAGAAUUUGAUUUUAAAAUAGUUUAAAGUCUUCCGGUUAUGUCCUAUCUUCCGAAACUACGUGUAACUCCCCAGAAUAGCAUAAUGGGGUUCAGCUCAUUAAGCAUUAUCCUGACAACCGGCUUCCUUUAUCCCAAAGGUCACACAUCAUAAACAGCACCUGGGACCCAUUAUUGGUUUUACGACGUUCGUGAAAGGCCUUCAUGACUACAUUCCGGCCUUUAUUUACACUGCGAAGCCGGAGUCGUAAACGAAUCCGAUGCUUUUAUGAUUAGUGCUGCCAGCGGGGGAUGCAGAUUUGGGUAUAAUGGCAUCGCUCCCAGCUUGACGUCGCUCCUCAGGCGCUUAGCUCAGUAACUUUGUAACGACCGCUCUUCUCAUUUCGACAGUCUUUUACAAUCAAAACAGGUAGCCAGUCUCGCUCUGACCCUAAGGCUGUUUGUCCGACUAAUUGGGCAAACGGAAGUGUAAGCUGGUGACGUAGCUCGAGAGUUCGGUUAAACAAGUUGUCAUAUGGUAGUAAUACGUAAAGUGGUUGCCUACUUUUACUAUAUUAGCGUGGUUUCGUGUUUAAUUUGUAAGUUUAGUCACUUUUGAGUAAGUCGGUUUGUUUUUGUCAUGAGUUUAUGGGCUUACGUAGGCUUCUGAUUUGUCAUUUUUUACAUUUUUUGAAGUUUUGCUUAUUGUUAGUGAUUUCGUUGAUAAUUUGACUAUUCUGAGGAUUUUCAAAAUGACUUUGUUUAGUUUAUCCAACUUAAUGACGUUUUAAAUAUAUUUUUGAUGACUUAUAAGUACAAUUGCUUCGAAAUGAAUCUUCUUGAAUCAUCCGAAUUCCCAGUUUCAAACCUCACGACCGUGCCUUGAGGCAAUUAGCGAGACAAUUAGAGACUAGAAUGCCCGGUGCGCCAGUUUGAGGCAGCCGGAAGAGGGGCUAAAAGUCGCGACCUUGUACGGCACUCAGCCCACCGCAAGGCGCGAGAUUCAUUUAAUCAUAUUCAGAUGCCCUUUUCUCUUCCCGAAGCCCAAAUUUAUUUCAAGGUUUGUGGUGGGAUUAAAGCGGCAAACCCAAAUCCCAUUACGGCGGUCAAUACCCACCAAUUGCAUUGCCAUCGGCUCUGUUUUUUGGCUGGCCACACUCCUUUAUCGCUUUUAUUGUUUAUUCAAGACAUCCCCCGAGGCGACGACGUUCGAUUCGUAUUUUAUGUUUUUCGUGCAUUCCUUUACUGUAAAGUUACACUUUAAUAUUUGAUUUAUGGCAGGUUUUACUGCUUUGUUGGCCUUCUUUGUAAUAUUAUUGUAGGUAGGAUUAGCUAUGUUUCGCAAAUUAUAUUGAUCUCUGGAUGUUUUGAUAAGUAUAGUAAAAGUGAUAAGUAGAUUUUAUUAAAAUUGUUAAUUAUGUUAUAGUAAACUUAAAAAUUAAAAAUUGUUUAUACAGUAAAAUAGUUACUGCCCCAGUAAGCAUCAUCUUACAGUAGAUACGAUCGUUUGAAGUUCAGUAAUUGUGAUUAAUGUUGACUCGGCUAAUUAUAUCUCGAGGACUUUGGCGCUCUAUUUACUCUACAAAAACAAAACUUUUACUUCGAACGUAUAAACAAACACAUAAAUAGAGCAUAUGCUUAAUAUAAAGUCAUCAACGUCAAUUUCAUCUUACUCUUUCUCAAUCUUUCACUUGUUAUACCUAAAAUAAUAUAUUAUUAAAUGUCUGGGGGCCUCCCUUAUCUAAACACUAAUUAAUUUAAUUUUCUUUAUGUUUUAAACUUGUGCUUAUAAAGUUUACUGUAACAUGUCUUUUUAAAAUUAUAUUAUAAAUUAAUGUCAAAAUACUAAUUUAAAACUUAACAUUAUAAGCUGCAACAGCUAACUCACCGUAUCUUGUUUACUUGGGCUCUAAACACAUUGUAAUCCAGUUACCGCAUUAGAGCUGGAGUUAAUGUCAUCUUCACUUACUUAAUGUCUUAAUGUGUCAUCUUGUUUUCAGACGCACAUCGGCACAUUGCGACCUCUACAGUGUUCAGUCGUAUGCUCAAGAUUGGAGUCAGACGCCGUCCUUCUUCAGCAUGAGCCCUCAGGGCACACCGGUCGCCCAGCCGCGGCUUUACAAGGAUCAAAAGGUGGGGUAUAGUAAUAUAUAGGGUAGUAGAUUGUGUAUAUAGUGUAGUAAAUGGGACAUGGUACUGUAUAGUAGGGGGAGGGUUAAGGUACUAGAAAUAUCAUUCAGGGGGCUUACUAUUCAUUUUUACUUUAAAAUAUACUUUUUUGCAACAAUUUUUUUGAAUUUCUUGUUUCGCGGGUAAUUUGGCAUUCUGCCACAACUUAUAUAAUUUGAACCUUUACAGUCCGCCGAGUUCUUGAACUUUCUGGAGCACAUGCAAAGCCAGAGGUUGGACGAUCAACGAUGUGAAAUGCCGGAUAUGGUGAGUAUAUUGUUUAUGUUGUAGUAUUAUAUCUUGCAGCAGAGUUAUUUUGAGUCAUGUUUAUUUAUAUAUUAUAAUCAGAUGUAUUUGUACGGCUAUUUACCACGUAAAGUGCAAAUCAACAAGUUUUUAUUGGGAAUUUGGGGAAUUCGGUGACGAAAGGUACGUCAUCUACCAUGGUUUAGGUAAUAUGUUGUAGUAGAUAUGAAAUGUAGGUAUUCAUAAGUUUAUGGAAAGAAGUUCGGUAUUAUCAUACCCAUAAGGUACAUAAAAAAGUAAUAAUGGUCACAACACAUAACACAUUAUCCACUCAAAAACCCACCAACAUACCUUAAUAACCAGAGCCACCUCCAACAGUUACAUUAUGCAUAAUUCAGCGCUACCGCAAUAAUUCUGAUGACAAAUCACACAAUUGGGGUUUUUUGGUAUACGUUAAUGAAUUGCAACAAGUAAUUACUGGUUUGCGACGCGACCCCUCCUCGUUACUAUAG